UUCUAUUAUUAAACGAGUUUCUUCCACAUUGACUUAGCAUCCAGCUGAAUACUUCUGAAAUUUUGCGUGCCAGUUCUAGAUCAUGGGUAAAGGUAUGUGUCCCAACGAACGUGCCAGCGUCUACAAGAAAGUCAAAAGUCACCUCGAUUUCUCGGUCCAGCCCUCAGGGACGUCAGACCCAGAAGCUAAUAAUACCCGUUCUCAUAUUGAAGGAAAGAGCCCACGACGAUAUUUUGCAGAACGAUAGACCGCCCACCGUAGCGCCGGGCCUUCAUAAUCUUCUCGCCCUCCAAAUGCCCAAUUCACAAGUCUUGCGCCAUUCCAACAGACCCGCCAGCAACCAAGAGCUUUGCGAUGGCACCAUGGUCAAACCGAAUCCUCUCUCCGAAUCCUCGACCCGACCAUAGCUUGCACCCCGCUGGUUCGAGUCCUGCGAGACCACCGCCACGAGUUCCUCCAAGAGUAACAGAAUCCGACAUACUUGAAGGUGCAUACGAAAUCCCAACCCUGGCUGCCACUUCCAACGGCGCAAUUGGGACACCACCGCAUGGACCAGCGAGCUCAUCCAAGCCCACUCGAACGGCUAGUAACCACGGACGCUCUAUGAGCCAUCCCUUUCCCUCCUUCUUUCCUGGCAAAAAGAAAAGGCACGAUGAUGGAGUGGGUGGCAAUGGGUUGGACUCGACAGACGACGACCUGAGUGGUUCCUCACCAAUGCGCCCUCAGAAACUGGAGAGGAACGCCAAACAAAAAGUACCCGAAAAGGACUUGACAACGGGCAAAUGUAUGACGUGUGACUCCAUGGUGCGAUGGCCCAAGAAUUUAGGUGUCUUCAGAUGUACGGUUUGCUUGACGAUCAACGAUUUGAAGCCCAUUCUAUUGGAGGCAAGACGUGGUGACGGACAUCGGGCCCCUGUGGCAGUAAGACCAGGAACGAGUCCCGGAAGUGCCCAACCUCGAGGUGAGCUUAUGAACGCCGCAGCAUUAUUUUGUUUGGCCACCAUACUAAUUCUUCUAUAGUCCCCCUACUGUCACUCGAAAAGACAAAACGGCUCAUCGAUCAAUGUAUUACCUCGUUUCUUCUGGACCAACUUAAGCAUGGCGAUGGGCAUACAGCAAGCCCUCAUCCGUCCCCGCCUGUCUCUCCCAGAUGGCCUCCCUCAGGCUCUGGCAAUAUCGAAGAGCCUCUAGACGGCACUCAUAGAGACAGUCCAACCAAUCCAACCUCAACAAUGAGGAGCCCUCCAAUACAGCUUUCUUACCGUCCGGUUGAUCAACAUGGACACUCGCCGCUCUCAAAGCCACCUCCCGGAUAUAUUGGCCGCCCAGCAGACCCCGGACCUUAUUCAUCAUCAUCUCCAGGAAUGCUCUAUGGACCCAUGUCUGACGAGCCUGAGCAGACUCAAAAUCCCCAUCGACCAAAUGAAACCCUGCGUGAGCCUGCGAAUUCUGGCUUUCAUCGUCCUAACGGGAAAGAAAGAGUGGAUGAUGUGCCGCGCAACCAGAAUAACAACAGGAACCCUUUCAAACCUCUAGAAGACUACAUCAUUUCAUCUUUCGGGUCGCUUGAAUGCAUUAAUGCAUCAUUUAGUGUUGGCCGUCCCCCAGUGGGACCCAGAGCAGCGAGCGAAGGUUUAACACCCAGGCGCUGGAUGCCUAUUCCUGGUAAACAUGUGGAGAAGCAGGCUGAGCAUACUGAAAGACAUAUCGAAAAACAGAUUGAAAGACAAUUGGAGGCAGACGGGCUGUUAUCGGAGCUGGACGCCAAGACUCUUCUCCUGGGAGAUUUUGCGGAAAACGGGUCCUGGUGGACAGGAAACCGUUCAGAUGCCAAAAGUCCCGAAAAGGCCCGGACCUGGGCCAAAGGAUUUGACGGUCAACAUGAUAGACCUGAUAUUGUGACAUUAAGGACGCCUCGUGUCCAUUGGUCAGAAGUCAACGAAUGGUACUCUGUAGUGCUUAAUGCGGGAAGAUCGUGGCGGAGAAGGCUGGAUGCACUGAUUUCUAGUGAAAAUUCCCCUGACGAUAUUCUGAGUAUCGCAGACCUAGAUUUAGGGGAGAUCGAAAAUCAGAUUAUGGAGGCGCAAUUACACACUCAAAGAGUGCUCCUGAAAGCUACAGAGAGUUUGUUGAAACGCCCGGGCCGUCCGUUGUCUGAACCUCAUGACGUUCGAUUUAUACUCAUAAUCCUCGCAAAUCCUCUACUAUACCCUUCAGCUAUAUCCACACAUAUCAGAGAUACAAGCAGAUCUCGGUCACCUCCUCGGGACGGACCCACAAGCAACAAGGGGCCAAAACUUGAACCUCCUAGGACGUCAGGUCGUUCUUCGUCCCCUGGGUCCCGAAAUGUGCGCAAGGGCAGUUCUGGACAGCACUCGGGAAUUAUAAAGCGUGUUUUGGGAAUUUUGGCGAAUCUCCCCAACGAGUGCCAUCAUCAUCUAGUUUCGUGGUUUGCACGCUAUUCAGACCCCCAGUUUCGGAGGACUGUUGAUUUGAUUGGAAGCUUUGUGACUUAUAGACUUACCAGGCAGCACGGAAAACAGCAAGAGUCCAGGCGCGAAGCAAGAAACGAUCUAAUACCAAAUAUGAGUGGGACGGGGCGAGUCAGUUCUGCAGCUUUGCAUGCUGCGUUAGGGGCUGCUGGAGGAGGACAGCAGCCUCCCAAAAAGAGCGAUGGUAAACCACCACCUGUGGUUUACAAUGAUGACUGGCAAAUCAAAGCCGCUGCUAGAGUUAUGGCCUUGUUCUUUGCUGCAAAUAAUAGCGGUCAGUUGAGAAAAGGAGACAAUCGGCCAGCAACAGGUUCCAUGGAUUGCACGAAAUUAUCUUUACCGAUGCCCCGUGAGAUACACCAAAGACAUGGCCAAAUCUUGGCGACUAGCGACUUUUACAAUACAUUAUUGGACUAUUCGGACCUCGUGGCGGAUUUUGAAGCUUGGGAGUCCCGACGUGGAAAAUUUUCAUUUUGCCAAUAUCCUUUCUUUCUCAGCAUUUGGGCCAAGAUUCAGAUCAUGGAACAUGACGCCCGUCGACAAAUGGAAGUGAAGGCUCGAGAGGCAUUUUUUGAUAGUAUCAUGACUCGCCAGAUGGUCAAUCAAUAUCUGGUAUUAAAAGUACGGCGAGAUUGUCUUGUCGAGGACAGUCUGAAAGGCGUAAGUGAAGUUGUAGGCGCUGGUGGCGAAGAGAUUAAGAAGGGACUUCGAAUUGAAUUCAAGGGCGAAGAGGGCAUCGAUGCUGGUGGUCUCCGAAAGGAGUGGUUUCUUCUAUUAGUAAGGGAUGUGUUCAACCCCGAACAUGGUAUGUCACACAGCUCUAUAAAUUCAGUCUGUCAUAGCCCUGUACUGAUUUUCAAACAGGCAUGUUUACGUAUGAUGACGAUUCACAAUUUUGCUAUUUCAACCCCAACAGUUUCGAGACAACUAAUCAGUUUUUUCUUGUGGGUGUAGUACUUGGCCUGGCAAUCUACAAUUCAACCAUUCUUGAUGUAGCUCUUCCACCCUUUGCCUUUCGAAAACUCCUUGCCGCAGGUCCCGCUCCUCCGCCUGGUGCAACGUCACACGCUAAACCAUCGAUGACUUAUUCCUUGGAAGACUUGGCUGAAUUUCGUCCUGCAUUGGCUACUGGACUUCGGCAAUUGUUAGAAUUUGAAGGCGAUGUGGAGACAACCUUUUGUCGGGAUUUUGUGGCCGAUGUUGAAAGAUUUGGUCAGGUAAUACAGGUUCCACUCUGCGCAGAUGGUGACAAACGACCUGUCACCAAUUCAAAUAGGCGAGAGUUUGUUGAUCUUUACGUACGGUAUCUUCUUGAUCUUGCUGUAGCACGCCAGUUUGAGCCUUUCAAGAGGGGAUUCUUUACCGUGUGUGGCGGCAACGCUUUAUCAUUAUUUCGACCUGAAGAAAUCGAACGUCUUAUCAGAGGCUCUGACGAACCUCUAGACAUUGGCUCUCUCAGAGUUGUUUCUAUUUGUGAGAAUUGGGGUGUUCCCAAUGCCAAAGAAACGGAGUCUGUGGUACAUUGGUUUUGGGAAUCAUUCCAAAAUGCCAAUGUGAAGGACCAACGCAAGCUUCUGACUUUUAUCACUGGAAGUGACCGAAUCCCAGCAAUGGGAGCAACGAAUUUGAUCAUCAAGUUAUCGUGCUUGGGAGAUGAUUGUAAUAGGUUUCCUCAAGCAAGGACAUGUUUCAACAUGUUGUCUUUGUGGCGAUAUUCCUCGCAGGCUAAGCUGAAUGCUAUGCUUUGGCGGGCAGUCUAUGAGAGUGAGGGCUUUGGAUUGAAGUAAUGAAUGCCUUUUAGACUUUGGAAGGCAGGUGACUAGAGAAAGUGUACAGAUCAAUUGGCUGAUUGAUUGAAUGGGAUGGGGGGCUUCUGGGCAUAGGCAUUGGGCAUUGGCAUUCAUGUUAUGGGUGGAAGAAACGCUGGUUGUGCUAUCUUUUGAAAGGAGAAUGGACAGGAACAGAUGAUGACAGAAAAUCCUAGGUAGACAACACUCAAGAAAACAGACAAGAAAAUGAAUGCCUGUCUGGGCAGCAUUUCUCAUUGUGAUUCAAAUACUCGGACUUUACUUUACAGUACUUUUAAAGCUCGGGAGCGGACCAGUGUUGUUGAUGAAGCUUGGAUUUUAGCGUUAUUGUUGAAUUGGGCACUAUGUUUAGCCACGCAAAAUGCAGAAACUUAUUCUUGGACG